AUGGUAAAUCAAAAAAAUGGAAUUUUUUCAAAGCUAACAGGUAUGAAAUUUACAUUUUUUAAAUUAAAACUUGAAAGUAUAAAUCAAGAAAUUGAUGAAAAUGCAAGUUCAUUAGAGAAAGCAAUAUUGUAUGGUAAUAGCAAUUUAAAAUGCCGUAAGUUGAUAUUUGUGAAAGAUUUAAUGAAAUUAUUAAUGAAUAUAAAUUAUGAUAAUUUUAAGAAAUAUAUAUAUCCAUUGAUACUGAAAUUGAGCAAUGACAAUUUAGAAAUUAAAAAUGAAAUAUGUAAUAAAAUUGGAGAUUUGUGCGCUUAUUUGUUACAAAAUAAUAAUGAUAAUAAUGGUUGUGUAGACAUAAUAAAAAUGUUAUUUCCAAUAAUAGAAAAAUUUAUAAAAAAUAAUGAAAAUAAAAAUAUUUUAGGAAAUGUAAUGAAAUCAUUAUUAAUUUUAUCUACUCAUAUUAAUGCUAAAAGUAGAAAAAAAGUAAUUUUUCCAUUCAUAUUAUCACUUAUAUCAAAUGACAAAUAUAAGCACAUAGGUUUUAUUUUAUUAAUUAAAAUAUGCCAUAUAUUUGACAAAGAUAUUAUAUUUACUUUUUUAAUUCCAUAUAUGGAAUCUUUUCUUAAAAAUAAAGAUCUUUCAAGUAAAAUAUAUAUUUCAUCCAAUUUAUAUAGUAUAUGUAAAAUGCUAAAGGAAGAAGAUCUGUCAAGAAUAUUUAUUAUUUUUAAAAAGUUGUGCAGUGAUGAAAAUGAUAUUAUUAAAAUAAUUAAUAUAUAUAAUUGUGCACAUAUAUCUUCAUUAUAUUCUAAGACUAUAUUUUUUUAUUUCUUUGUUCCUUUAUAUAAUAAUUUUCUAAAAAAUUGUAACUUAUAUAUAUUUUAUUAUUCAUUAAUAAACUUAUUUUUUUUUAUGUGCAAUUUUGAGGAUAUUAAUUUAAUUCAUCCUUUUUAUAUUCAUAAACUGAUUUUUUUUUUUAAUAAUGUCUUUUCUUCACAUUUAUUUACUCUAAAUUAUUUAAAUGAAACAGCCAAAAAACAAAAUAAUUAUUUUUUUCUUAACAUUUCGGAAAGUCAAACCAAUCAUCUUGAAUUUAAAAUAAAUGAAAACCAAGAAAAUAAAAUAGAAUCAAUUAAUAAUUUUGAUGAUGUGGAAGAAGUUAAUUGUGAGUUUAAUCAAUUUGCUUCCAAUGAAACAUGUGAAAGUAAUUUAUUAUACGAUUCUAUUAAUUAUGAUAUAUCCUCAAAAAGUGAAAAUACAGGUUUAAAAUUAGAAAAACUUAUUGAAAUAAAUAACAUUUAUAGAGAAGAGUUAUCAAAUAACCAUAAAGAUAUUGUGUGUGAAAAUGAAGAAAACAUAUAUAAGGAAAACAAUAAUUCAAUUAUUGAGGAUAAAAAAAAAGUAGAAGAUAUUUCAGUUAUAAAAAAAGAGGAGGAAAGAAAUAUUGGAGAAUAUUUAACAAAAAACGAAACACACAUUGAAGCAAAUUUAACAAAUGACGAAAAAAAUGUUGAAAGAAAUAUAUCAAUAAAUGAAAAAAUAAGUGCUGAAUCGAAUGCAGUAGAUUACAGUAAAGAAAUUAAUGAAAUUAAUUUUGAAGAUAAUACAAGCAAAAAGGAUAAAAUAGAAUCACAAGAAAACAACAAAAUAAAUUCAAAGGAAAAUAUAAAAAAAGUUGAAAUAAAAAACAUAAAAGAAAAUGAAAGAAUGAAAAAUAUUAAUGAAUAUUCAACAGAAAAGUUAUUAGGUAACGAUGAAUUAAAAUUAAAAGAAUAUGAAAAAAUAUAUGAAUUAAAACCUGAAAUAGAUAUAAGAAAAGGUGAAAAUGAAAAAAAAAGUGAUAACUAUUUAGGAGAUGGAGAAGAAAAUGUUCUUAUAUGUAAUUUAAUUAAAAGUCAAAGUCAUACAUAUAAAAAUGAAGAUACAAAAAAUAGUAUAUAUAAUGAAAGUUUUUAUUCAAGUUCACAAGAAAAAAUUUUAAAUAAUGAAAAAAAGAAUGAUAUGGUACCAUCAUCAUCAUCAUUUUUUUAUAACAAUAGCUUAAUUAAUGAUUUGAUAAUUAAUAAUAACCAUUUCUGUUUAAGCAUAAAAAAUUUUUUUGAAAUUUACGAUAAUGAUAAUUUUACUUUUAAAAAAAUAGAUGAUCAAAUAGAUAAUAUUGAAGAAGGUAAUAGAAAAUUACAUUUUUCUUAUUUGAAUGAAGAAGAAUUAAAAAUUAUAGAUAACGCUUAUAAUCAUAAUAUUAGCACUGACAUAUGUUUAAUUAAAGGAUGUUUUUUUAAUGAAUUAGAGUUAAUUAAAAAAAAUAGCGUAUAUACAAGAAUGUUUUCAAGAAAAGAAAAUAAGAAUAAAAGUAAGAAUAGUGAUUAUAUUGAUGAUGAUGAUGAUAUAUACAAUAUUGGGGAUAUAGAUAUUGAUUUAAUAAAAAAAAAAUAUAUUUUUGAUAACUCUAGUAAUAUUAUUGAAUCACACAACAUAAAUGCAGUAUAUAUUACUGCUCUUUACUUACCUAUCUUAAUUUCAGUUUUUAAAAAAUAUUUCUUUAGAUUUUUUUCUCAUGUUUUUUUUUUUAUAUGUACAUAUCCUUAUUACUUUAUAAGAAAAACUAUAGCAUCUCUCUUUUAUGAUAUUUUACAUAAUUUUUUAAAAUCUGAUCUAAUUGUUAGUGAUGAAAAAUUAAAUAAUGAGCAUGAAAAUAUUGAUAAAUUUUUAAAAAAGAGAAAAACACCUAAUAAAAAAAAAUUUCCAACCACAGUGGAAAAUUCAUUAAAAGUUGAGAACAAAAGCUACAGAAAAAUGAAAAAUGAUGAAAAAAAAGAUAAAGCAACUACAUGGAAAGUACAAAAUUCUAUUAAUGAUUCUGCAAAAUAUGCUAAUAUUGACUACAAAAAAAAUAAUAAAUCAAUAAAUAAAAAUUCAAACAUAAUAAGUUUGGAUAAUAUAGAAAUACAUAGCAUUAAAGAAAAUAAUAAUACUGGGAGUGAUGAAAUGAAUAUUAAAAAAAAUAAUAAUAGGAAUAUAGGAUAUAGUGAAAGGGAAAGAAUCAAAGAAGAGGAAAAAAAAAAUUAUUCUGAUAAUUAUAAAGAUGAAAAGGGAGAUAAAAAAAAACAUAAAGAGAAAAAGGGAAGAGAAGAAAAAAGUGAAAAUGAAGAGAAGGAAGAAACAAAAAAAGUGAGAGAAAAAGUAAAUGGAAAAGAAGAUAUAGAAAAAGACAAAGUAGAAAAAGAUAAAAGUAGGGAAGAAAAAAAAGGAGGAUCAAAAGAAAAAAAUAAAGAAAAAAACAAGGACAAAGAAGGGGAAGAAUAUGAAGAAGGAAAAACAGUAGAAAUUGAAGGAUAUAUGGAAAAAAAAAAUAAAGAAAAAGAAAAUCAAAAUAAAGAUGAAUAUAAAGGAGCAGAAAAAGAAAAAGAUGAUAAAGAUGAAGAAAAAGAAAAAAAAGAUGAUAAAGAUGAAGAAAAUGAAAAAAAAGACGAUAAAGAUGACGAGAAAAAUAUAAACAAAAAAAUAAAAAUGAAAAAUAAGAUGAAAGAGAAUAAAUAUAUAAAGUUGAAUAAUUAUAAAAAUAAAAUCAAAAAAAUACAAAAUCAAAUAAAUACAAAUUUAUAUGAAAGUGACUUUUUUAUAAACGAAGAAAAUGAAAACUUUUUUUUUUAUAAAAAAUUCCUAAAUAUUUAUGAAAACAUUUAUAUAAAGUUUAUAGAGAAGUUUAGAAGAUAUUAUAAUGAAGAUUCACCAUUAUUUUUCUUCCAUUUUUUUAUUUAUUACUUUUUGAAAGAUUCAAAUGUAUUAGUUAAAAAAUCUAUUUUAAAGAAUUAUGAUAAAAUUAUUUUGUUUUUUCCAAAUAAAAUACAAAGAAUUCUUAUUUCUUAUCUAUCCAACGUUUUGGAAUUUAAAACAAUAAACUAUUCAUUACGAAAAAAAGUUUCAAAAAUUAUUUUUAAGAUAUUAUUAAAAACUGAUGAUCUUAAUAUAAUAAGAAAAUAUCUUUUCCCAAUAUUUGUGAAAUUAUGCAAAGAUGAUGUUGCCCUAAUUCGCACUUAUACAUCAAGUUAUUUUUACUUAUUUCUAAAAAAAGGAUGCCCAAAUAUCUAUAAUUUUUUCAAAGGAAAUGGAAAAAUAUUAUCCCUAGAAGAAUAUCAAAAAGAUAUAGUAAUAUCAAAUGAAGAUAACUUUAAAUUAAAGAGUUAUUAUUUCAAGAAAGGAGAUGAGAUUUCUUUAAUUAAAAAAAUUAUAAUUACAUUUGCAAAAAGUAAACAUUUUUACGAUAGGCAAAUAUUCAUAAAAAUGUGUAAUGGAAUAAUUAAUGAAUGCCCUAUUAAUUUAUUUUUAUUGUAUUUUUUAAAUCCAUUUUUAAAAUUGUCCGAGGAUAAAAUUCAAGUUGUUAGAAUUACAUGGGAGAAAUGUGUUUCUUCACAAAUAAAAAAGAAGGGAGUAUUUUCAAAUGUCACAAAUGUGUUAGAAAAAUUAUAUAGACUAUAUGAAAAAUAUGAAAAAACAGAAGUAAGUAAAAUUUGUUAUUUAGUUGAUUUUAAUGAUUCGAAUAAUUUUUCCGCUAGAACAUUUGAUAUUCAUGAUUUAGAUAGUUAA